CCCACAGAGAAAAUCAAAGUCCCCAGAAAUAAUGCGCCUGGUUGCUUUGGUUACCCGCUCAGCAUCUUCUUCAUUGUCAUCAAUGAGUUCUGUGAAAGAUUCUCCUACUAUGGGAUGCGAGCUGUGCUUGUUCUCUACUUCAAGUUUUUUCUCAGCUGGGAUGACAAUCUUGCUACUGCCAUUUACCACACAUUUGUUGCCCUCUGCUAUCUAACACCUAUCCUUGGAGCACUGAUAGCUGACUCCUGGCUAGGGAAGUUCAUGACCAUUGUUUCCUUGUCUAUUGUGUACACAGUCGGGCAAGCAGUUUUGUCAAUAGGUUCCAUAAAUGACCUGAUGGAUGGAAACAGGGAUGGUGUACCAGAUGACGUUAAGAUUCCCAUUGCUUUCUCCAUGAUUGGCUUGCUCCUGAUUGCUCUUGGAACAGGUGGGAUCAAGCCCUGCGUAGCAGCCUUUGGCGGAGAUCAGUUUGAGGAUCAUCAGGAAAAACAAAGAAGCAGAUUCUUCUCUAUAUUUUAUUUGGCCAUUAAUGCUGGAAGCCUUAUCUCUACUAUAAUCACUCCAAUUCUUAGAGAGGUAGAAUGUGGAAUUCAUGCCAGACAAAAAUGUUACCCUCUGGCAUUCGGUAUCCCUGCCAUAUUAAUGGCUCUUGCAUUGUUGGUGUUUAUGGCUGGAAGUACAAUGUACAAGAAAGUAAAGCCUCAAGGUAACAUAAUGGUCCAAGUCGCUCAGUGCAUCACGUUUGCUGUUCGAAACAGAUUCAGACAUCGUAGUAAACAAUAUCCAAAGAGGGAACAUUGGUUGGACUGGGCUCGUGAAAAAUAUGAUAAACGACUUAUUGUCCAGACUAAGAUGGUGUUGAAGGUGUUGUUCCUAUAUAUUCCUCUCCCCAUGUUCUGGGCACUUUUUGAUCAGCAGGGAUCACGAUGGACAUUGCAAGCCACAACUAUGGAUGGAGAUUUUGGCCCUGUUCAGAUUCAGCCAGACCAGAUGCAGACUGUAAACCCAAUUCUCAUUGUUAUAAUGGUCCCAGUUGUAGAUGCUGUUAUUUAUCCUCUCAUUCAGAAAUGCCGCAUAAAUUUCACGCCUCUGAGGAAGAUGACAGUUGGUAUGCUGCUGGCAGCUUUGGCUUUUGUGGUGGCUGCUGUGAUUCAAAUUCAAAUAGAUAAAACCCUCCCAGUCUUUCCUGCAGCAGGCCAAACCCAAAUCAAAGUAAUAAAUCUGGGAAAUCAGAAUGCAUCCAUUCAUUUUAAUAGUGAUGGGAAGAUAGAAAAUCUAAGUCCUUUGGCCUCGACUAUCCACUUGUCUUAUGACACAACAAAAUUAAAUAGUCAUGGUAUUAAUAUAACCUAUGGAAAUGAGACUAUAAAACAAGCAUUUACUUACACAGAUAAAGAACGAUACACUGUUGAAAUAACAAAUAGAGCCGGGAUUCAAGCUAUACUGCUUGUGGAUGGUCUCACAGAAAAACCAGAGGAAGGAAAUAAUGAGAUCAGAUUCAUAAACAACUUGAAUUCAGCUAUUAACAUUACUAUGGAUAAAGUUGGGUUUCCGGAUGUGCUGUAUUUGUCUGCCACAAACUACACACCUUUCCAAAGAGGACAAAAAGACAUUACUGUUUCCACCGAUCUUCAUGACUGUACAAAUAAAUCUUUGGCAUUUGGAUAUGGAAGCGCCUAUACAAUUAUAGUAAAUGGGUGUGAUGACAGUGGACUACAGGUCGCAUAUGUUGAAGAUAUUCAAGCCAAUACAUUCAGUAUGGCUUGGCAAAUCCCUCAGUAUUUCCUUAUUACUUGUGCUGAAGUUGUCUUCUCAGUGACUGGACUAUCAUUUUCAUACUCUCAGGCACCAGCCAAUAUGAAGUCUGUGCUGCAAGCUGGUUGGUUGUUGACUGUAGCUGUUGGCAAUAUCAUUGUUCUAAUUAUAGCUGGAGCAUCAAGACUCAACAAACAGUGGGAAGAGUAUGUUCUUUUUGCAGGUUUGCUUUUAGCAGUGACUGUCAUUUUUGCCAUCAUGGCCUAUUUUUAUACCUACGUGGAUCCAAUUGAAAUUGAAGCUCAGCUUGACGAAGAAGAAAGAAAAAAAUCUGAAAAGGAAAAAGAAGCCUAUGAAAAUGGAGUUGGACCUGUCUCACAGACUCAGCUGUGAACAUAUAGUCAAGGGUGUAUGAGAAUGUAAAUUGCCAUCCAGACAGCUACAUCUCUAGCCUGUGAUUGAUACAGUCAACACUCGCUUGACAGAGAUGGAUGUGUACAGCAUCCUCCAAAUGCUCACAUGUCCACCUGGGGCUAAAGAUCAAGAACUUUGCUCUCCUGUGGGGAAAAAAAAAGGGGGGGAACCUCUCUCUCUCCUUUUUUGGCUGAGCGGAAUUUGCACUUUUAAAAAUAUGGGGGCAUGGAAUCUGAAUCUAAUUGCACUUGUCACAAUGGAAGUACAUUCAAAGUAUUAUAAUUUUUUAAAUAUGGAGCUACUUUACUUUUGUGUUGUACAAAAAGGCAAAAUACUCCCUGCUCUUGGUGUUUGAGCCUCAUGUAACAUACAGGCCCUUAGUGGGUGGGUGGGUAUGUUAGAACCUUUUUAAAAUGUUCACCUGCCAAUAAUGAAUGUAUUAUAUGUGUAUAUGUAUUUUUCCUGAAAACACAUUCCUGAGCCAGAGGAACGUUUACAACCCUGCUGCACUACACACCUCCUUCAUUUUUUGCCACAAGCUCUGCACAAAUUAGGUUUAAGUGGCCAUUGUGGUGAAGAUGAACAAAGAGGAACUGCAUUGUGA